AUGAGACCUUCCGAAAACCUCGACAUACCUCAGUCGCCUGGACUAAACGGGGAAAUCAAACGGCCCCGCAUGAGGAUGCAGACGUGCAAAUCCUAUCCACUUCAAGCUCAAAAUCAAAGCAAGUCUUUAAUUAACGGAAGGAGUUCGAAAAGCCCAGCCCAAUUCUAUUCUGCCGUUGCAGUGUGA